CAACAGAGGAAGAAAUCACACAUCAACAAAACCCUACAGCACAGUACGCUAUCAGGCUAAACGUUUUAGAAAAGCUGUCAUAACGUAGAGUUAAUGCUACGUUUUAAUCUGAGAACUCGUUCCAUGCAUUUAGAAUAAAACAUGUCGUCUGCAGAGGAUACGGGUGAUCAUGCACUCGGAGAUGGUGAGAAGAAGCUGCCUUUGUGUGGAUCAGAGGAGGAGGGCUUUAAAACGGGACCCGAGGUCAGUGUUCCCCCCUCCGCCAGGUUCCUGCAGGUUGAGCUGGAGCUGAACGCCCACCUCCGCCGGCUCUCCUUCAGUGAGCCUGUCCGGCACAUCUACAACCCGCUGGAGUACGCCUGGGACACACACCGCUGCUACGUGCAGAGGUACUGUCAGGCCGGACAGAGCAUCCUGUUUUUAGGGAUGAAUCCGGGACCUUUCGGCAUGGCACAGACUGGGGUCCCCUUUGGUGAGGUGAACUCUGUUGUGGAUUGGCUGAAGAUUACAGGGGAGGUGGGUCAUCCUCAAGACGAGCAUCCAAAGCGGCGGAUCACAGGACUUGCCUGCACUCAGAAGGAAGUGAGUGGCGCACGUUUCUGGGGCUUCUUCAGGAAGCUGUGUGGCGAACCAGCACUGUUCUUCCAACACUGCUUUGUGCACAAUCUAUGCCCGCUCAUUUUCCUUGGUGCCAGUGGCAAGAACUUAACUCCCCCUGAGCUUCUUGUAGGUGAAAGGGAGGCCCUCUUGGCCCUGUGUGACAUUGCACUGUGCCAGGCAGUGGAGGCACUGGGUGUCUCCAUGGUGAUCGGGGUUGGGAGGGUGGCAGAGCAGCGAGCACGGCGAGCUCUGUCAGCAGCAGGUUCCAAUGUCCGAGUCGAGGGCCUUAUGCACCCGUCACCCAGGAACCCUCUAGCCAAUAAGGGCUGGGAGGUAGUAGCCAAAGCGAAGCUGGCAGAACUUGGUGUCUUGUCGCUGCUGAACAAGAACAACCUGUGAGCUAAAAGACCUUCUCUGGAACGUGCCUUAUCAACAGCAGCUUGGAGUGCACUCCCUCUGAAAAUGAAACAGGAUGUGAGAAGUUUGAGUAGAGACUAAGUGUGUGUGUGAUGUGAUCACACACACAAAGUUCUUUAAAGAACAGGAUCACAAUUCCCCUUACAGCUCAAUCUGUAUCUGGGCACCUCCAAUGAGAUCUCGCGUCAUACACUCCCACGUCUGCUGUCACAUCUGUCAGCAUAUGCACACUUUAUUUUUCUGUAAAACUCUAUCUGUCUGUUCAUCUGAAGGUAGCACGCUGAGCACAGCACUAUGUUAUAAGGCAUUCAUUGUAAGUAAAACAAACACUACUGUCUUAUAUGCUCUGGAUACAUUUGUAAGUUUAUAGUCAAAGUGUAUUUCAGGGUUUGGUGAAAAUGCUUUAGAAGUUGCUGUUGAAUUCAUUUAACUUCUUAGGAAUAUAAUAACACAGGCAUUACAAAUGGUCCGGACAUGUAUCAUGUGUAUGUGGACACACUGACAACUAUGCAAUUCUGUCCAUGCGCAUAUUAGUUAAUUGAAUUUACCUUCAAAGGGUAUUAAAUAAUUUACCAAAUUGAACAUUUAUCUUUAUGACCUUCAUUUUUACAUUAUAUAAACAAGGUCUUUCAUGUUCUAUUUUUCCAAGGAAAAUCAAGCUGGAUAGGUGAAGUCCUCAGGAAGAAAAACAAGUACUCUGGUGCUGCUCGAGCGGCAGCCUCUAACAGCAGCUCCUACUCACUGCUGAAUCAUUUAUUUUAUAUUUCCUUUAUGUAGCAUACUUUUAAACUAUUGAUUGUAUAAUAAUGUUAUGGGUGCUUGCUUUUAUUUAUUGUGUUGAUCUUCGACUCUACUAAUCUUAUUUUAGCCAUAUGUCUGCACUGUCUCUGUAUCGCUGUACAUUUACUCGCUGUGGGACAAAUAAAGGUUUUCUGAUUCUGA